CGGCGGCGCCCCCGCGCCGGGCCGGGGCUGAGCGGGGCCGCCCGCCAUGGCGGGGCCCCCCCCGGCGCGGGGGGCGGCGGGCGGCCGGGAGCACCGGCUGGAGCCCGGGGACACGCUGCCGGGGCUGGCGCUGCGCUACGGGGUCACGAUGGAGCAGAUCAUGCGCGCCAACCGCCUCUACAGCUCGGACACCAUCUUCCUCAAGCCCACCCUCCUCAUCCCGGCACCGGCGCGGCCGGGGGGGCUCCGCCGCCAGGAGGAGGCGGUGGGGACACCGGCGGGCCCUGCGGACACCGCCGCCGCCCCCGCCCCGUCCCGCCACGACCUCUCGGCCACCGACUUCUUGCGGCGGCUCGACGCCGAGAUCGGGCGCUCCAAGGCCGCGGCGGCGCAGCGGCUCCGCGCCGGCAGCACCGGCACAGCUGAGGCCGAAGGCACCCAGCCCCCGGAGGCCGGCUCCCCCCGCGGCCCCCGGCUCGGCCCCCGGCCCCUCACCAGGACGCCGCGGGCGGCCGCCCUCCGCGACGCCGAGGACGAGAUCUUCACGCUGUGACAGCGGGGCCGGCGGGGACCAGCGCCACGACUGCCGCCCUACGGGGACGGGAACCGCGGGGACGCCGCCAGCCCCGGCCAGGGGAGAUGGGAAGGGACGCGGGGAGUCGGGGGGCAGCGUCCCCUCGCUGUCUCCUUCAGGGGUCCCGUCCCGCUUUGGGGAAACCCAGACGCCAGGGAUGGGAGCCAGCCCUCGUGUGGGGACGCUGGGAGGCACUGGGACAAGAUUUACCAGCCGAUCUUUUUCCUCCGAUCGUAUUUAUUUGUAUGUUUUUGCCCUUGUGGGUUUUUUUUGCGGUGUGGGGGGGGGGGACGGGAGCCCCCCAGCCUCCCCGUGUCAGUGCCUGGACCCCGAUGGGGAUGGGGUCGGUCACCCCCUUUUCCCUACCCUGAGAACCUGUAAAUAAAAUGGAGCACUGUCA